AUGGGUUCCUCCACAGAAAAUGGACACACUGCUGAGCGCGGAUUCGGAACACUGGCUGUCCACGCCGGCUCCCCUCAUGACCCGGUGACCGGCGCUGUCAUUGCUCCUAUCUCUCUGUCCACCACAUAUGCUCAGACCAGCGUCGGAAACCCCGUUGGUCUGUACGAGUACACGCGCAGCUCCAACCCCAACCGCGAUAACUUCGAGCAAGCCGUUGCAGCCCUCGAGCACGCCAAGUACGCUCUUGCCUUCUCCUCUGGCUCCGCCGCCACCGCCAACAUCCUCCAAUCCCUUGCUGCUGGCUCGCACGUCGUUUCCGUCUCCGAUGUUUACGGCGGUACUCACCGAUACUUCACCAAGGUUGCCUCGGCGCACGGUGUCCAGGUCACCUUCACCCCCUCCAUUGAGUUGGAUGUCGAGCAAUUGAUCCGCCCCGAGACCAAGCUCAUCUGGAUUGAGACCCCCUCCAACCCUACCCUUGGCUUGGUGGAUAUCCGGGCUAUUGCCAACAUUGCCCACAAGCACAACAUUCAGGUCGUUGUCGAUAACACUUUCAUGAGCCCCUAUGUCCAGAACCCAUUGGACCACGGUGCCGAUAUUGUCGUCCACUCCGUCACCAAGUACAUUAAUGGCCACUCCGAUGUCCUGAUGGGCGUUGCCGCCUUCAGCUCCGAGGCUCUCAAGGAGCGUCUCAGCUUCCUCCAGAACGCCAUUGGUGCCGUGCCCUCCGCCUUCGACUGCUGGCUCGCUCACCGCGGUCUCAAGACCCUGCACCUGCUCAUCUCCGUGAACUACCCCGGCAUUGACUCCCACCCCCAACGCGCUAUUGCUCUCAAGCAGCACCGCGACGGUAUGGGCGGUGGUAUGCUCAGCUUCCGCAUUAAGGGUGGCCAACAGGCUGCUCACGAUUUCUGCAAGCACACUAAGAUCUUCACCCUCGCCGAGAGUCUGGGAGGUGUUGAGUCUCUGUGUGAGGUGCCCUCCAGCAUGACCCACGCUGGUAUCCCCAAGGAGCAGCGUGAGGCCGCUGGUGUCUUUGAUGACCUUGUGCGCAUGAGCUGCGGUAUUGAGGACUCCGUGGAUCUGCACGCUGAUGUCAUGCAGGCUCUCAGCUUGGCUGCUAAGAAGGCUUAA